UAAACAACGUAAACAUUAAACAACUCUCAUAGUUCUUCAUGAUUCUCACGCUUCUGGCUAUAAAGACAAACAUUCACUGUAGUUCCUCAUUUGUAAUUAAGCAGGGCAACAUGCGUCUCUUGCUCUUACUUCAUUUAACCUUUAUUAUCGAAGCAAGACCUAAAAAACUCCGCAGUCAAUCUAGAUCACAUAUAAAAGAAUUUAAUGUGGACACGCACCCUAACAUUUAUGACAACUCGAUACCGAUAGACUUUUUAAAUAUGGGCGUGUCAGGUGUUUAUGACCCUUCUCUUGGUCAGAAGCAGCCAUUUGAUGGAGUAGCCUUGUAUCUGGUACAUCAAAGGAAAUCCGAUGAGGAUUUACGCGCUUUACUACAACAGGCAGCGGCGAUGCGGGAACAACAUAAAACGCCAGCAAAAGCAAUACAAUCCAAAGCUGAUACAUUUGACCUGCCACCGUUAUUUGAUUUCGAGACUAUACACACAUUAAAUCUUGCUAAACCUCAAAUAUACAAGGACAAGUUAGCUAAAACUGAGCUCUUGUUUAAGAAAGGCAGAAGAAACCAAAAUACGACAAAGCCUGAAGAUCUUAAGAAUCUUGAGGAAGAGGUUCCUCUGAGCAUGUUCGAUAUGAAAGCUGGAGUGAAUGAAGAUGUCAUCAGAUGGACGAGCUGCGACGAUUUUGCGAAAAAAGCGCGAUUCCAUCCGAGAGACGUGGCGGGGGUGGACUGGGUCCCGUUCUACUUGUGGUCGAUGCAGGCUUAUCCAAUCCCUGAGGAGUUUAAAUUCUCAUAUAGGAGGAUUGUUCAAGAAUACAAAGAUCUGUACGAGUCAAAGUUGACAAAGAAAAUAGACUGGUCAGCACCCAUGUUGCUUCUGCGUAACUGGCUUGAGAUGCUUCUGGUGGCCGGGGACAAGAGAGGACUGUUCUAUGGCAUCCCUAAGUCUGCCAUCCCAGAUGAUAUCAGAAAUUCAACGACAUGGUACCCACACGCCACAAUCAGAAUGAAGAUGGUGGACCAGUACUUAGCCAUGAUGUUCUGCGAGGAGCACUUAGCCAUGAUGCUGGCAGUGGUGGGAGAAGAGCCGGACCCUCAGGAGAGCGCCGCCGAGGCUGCCAAACUUGGCUUCCAUGGCAUCGGGUCUCCGGUGACCAAGCAGGGCCAAGUGGGGUCACCGAAGGAUGACAGGUUUGAAGACUUUGACGAAAAAAUGAAUCUGGAUCGGCAUUCUGCUGUUGUGAAGUCUUUUUAUACACCUUAGAAGAAAAGUUCUAUAGGUAUACAAAUC